CUUUAAAAAAUAAAUAAAUAAAAUUGUCCCCACGCCAGCACCGCUGCUGCCGAUAUUAAUUUACCCCGCCAACACAAAAGCUUACCUAAAAAUAACCAAAAACAGAGAGAGAAGAAUGUGCUGCAACCAUGGCGUAACAUUCCCCAGAAGCGACCGUUUUCGCUUCUCCUUCUUCAUUCCAUCAAUUGGAAUCCGAUCCGACCCACUUCCCUCUUCAAUCUCCUUCCGAUCCAGACCCGGGCCCGCUUUCAGACCACUGAAAUCCAACAACAGUGACACCAUUUCACUGCCUUCUGACUGCCCGGCCAGCUUCUACGAUCUUCUGGGCAUAUCCGAAUCUGGGACCCAACUGGAGAUCAAAAAAGCUUACAAACAGCUGGCACGGAAGUACCACCCUGACGUUUCGCCUCCGGAUAGGGUCGAGGAGCAUACUGAGAGGUUUAUUCGGGUCCAGGAGGCCUAUGAAACGCUGUCGGAUCCAAGGAGGAGAGCUUUGUAUGAUCGAGACAUGGCUAAGGGCCUUCACCUUGCGUUUUCUGCCCGUGGCCAUUACAAAUUCGACGAGCAAAUGGAAGAGAAAAGUGAAUGGAAGAGUCGUUGGCAAUCUCAAGUAUCAGAGCUGAAGAAAAGAAGCACUUAUAAGAACUCCGGUGAUAACAAUUCGUGGGGGGCUCGAAUGCGCAGGCAAAGGAAUCAAUCAUCAUCUUAAAUUAGUAAUAAACCUUAUUAAUUAUGAAUGUAUAUAUAGUACUUGUUUUCUGGGUUUAUGUAAGAGAGAAGUACUUUGUAGUAAGCAUUAGGCUCACAUAAGAUAUACUCGUAAGCGUAAUGGUACAAGACUCCACGGUUAUACGCAGAGACAAUAGUUGGCUAUACUGAUUUGGCAUACCCAUUUGGAAGGGCUUUCGCUUGACAGAUUAAAUGUAUGGCGGGUUUGCAGGCUUAUGGACAAAGUCUUUUGGCACCUAGACGAAUUGAGUUGUGUCCCUGAUCAACCCAUAUGAAUUGUUUAUUAUUAUUAUUAUGAUUUUGUCUUCGUUA